GGGCCGUUUGCUGACCGGAUCGCGGCUGCCCGCCAGCGUGUCCGCCGCGCCGCCGCCAGCAUGGGCUGCGCCCCGAGCAUCCACAUUUCCGAGGGCCGGGCGGUGUACCACGGCGGCAAGGAGGCCGAGGACGCGCCGGGCGCCGCCGCGCCGCCGCCGCCCGCCGGGCCGCGCCUCCCACCCGGCCAGAAGACCACCGCCUCGCCCGGGGCCCGCGGCGCCGGCCUCGCGGAGUCCGAGCCUCGCGACGGCAGCGGCAGGAAGGUAGCAGCAGCUGAUGUGCAGUUUGGCCCCAUGAGAUUUCAUCCAGAUCAACUCCAGGUACUUUUAGUGUUUACCAAAGAAGAUAACCAGUGUAAUGGAUUCUGCAGGGCCUGUGAAAAAGCAGGGUUUAAGUGCACAGUUACCAAGGAGGCUCAGGCUGUUCUUGCCUGUUUCCUGGACAAACAUCAUGACAUCAUCAUCAUAGACCACAGAAACCCCCGGCAGCUGGACGCAGAGGCACUGUGCAGGUCUAUUAGAUCAUCAAAACUCUCUGAAAACACAGUUAUUAUUGGUGUAGUACGCAGGACGGAUAGAGAAGAGUCAUCUGUGAUGCCCCUCAUUGCUGCUGGCUUUACAAGGAGGUAUGUGGAAAACCCCAGCCUCAUGGCCUGUUACAAUGAACUGCUCCAGCUGGAGUUCGGAGAGGUGCGGUCCCAGCUAAAACUCAGGGCUUGUAACUCAAUAUUCACUGCAUUAGAGAGAAGUCAAGAAGCAAUUGAAAUUACAAGUGAAGACCACAUUAUACAGUAUGCAAAUCCUGCAUUUGAAACAACCAUGGGCUAUCAGUCAGGUGAAUUAAUAGGAAAGGAGUUAGCAGAAGUGCCUAUAAAUGAAAAAAAAGCUGAUUUGCUCGAUACUAUAAAUUCAUGCAUCAGGAUAGGCAAGGAGUGGCAAGGAAUCUACCACACCAAAAAGAAAAAUGGAGAUAAUGUGCAACAAAAUGUGAAGAUAAUACCUGUCAUUGGACAGGGAGGAAAAAUUAGACACUAUGUGUCCAUUAUCAGAGUGUGCAAUGGCAGCAAUAAGGCUGAGAAAAUAACUGAAUGUGUUCAGUCUGACACUCAUACAGAUAAUCAGUCAGGCAAACAUAAAGACAGAAGGAAAAGCUCGCUAGAUGUCAGAACUCUUGCUUCUCGAACAAGCGAAGUUGGCAGCCAGAGACGACACUCCUCCAUGGCCCGGAUACAUUCCAUGACGAUCGAGGCGCCCAUCACCAAGGUUAUCAACAUUAUCAAUGCUGCCCAGGAAAGCAGCCCCAUGCCUGUGACAGAAGCCUUAGACCGUGUGCUAGAAAUUCUAAGAACCACUGAAUUAUAUUCACCACAGUUUGGUGCUAAGGAUGAUGAUCCUCAUGCUAAUGACCUCGUUGGGGGCUUAAUGUCUGAUGGUUUGCGAAGACUAUCCGGGAAUGAGUAUGUUCUUUCAACAAAAAAUCUUCAGCAGGUGCCCAGCAGUAUAAACACCCCCAUCUCCCUUCAUGACGUCCCCCCACGGAUAGCUCGGGCCAUGGAAAACGAGGAGUACUGGGACUUUAAUAUAUUUGAACUGGAGGCUGCCACACAUAAAAGGCCUUUGAUUUAUCUUGGUCUCAAAAUGUUUGCUCGCUUCGGAAUCUGUGAAUUCUUGAACUGCUCCGAGCCAACGCUGAGAUCGUGGUUACAGAUCAUUGAAGCCAAUUACCACUCGUCUAACCCCUACCACAACUCGACACACUCUGCCGACGUGCUUCACGCCACUGCCUACUUUCUUUGCAAAGAGAGGAUAAAGCAAACUUUAGACCCGGUUGAUGAGGUCGCUGCGCUUAUUGCAGCCACCGUCCACGACGUGGACCACCCUGGGCGAACCAACUCGUUCCUGUGCAAUGCUGGAAGCGAGCUGGCCGUCUUGUACAACGACACUGCGGUGCUGGAGAGCCACCACGCGGCCUUGGCCUUCCAGCUGACCGCCCGAGAUGACAAAUGCAAUAUCUUCAAGAACAUGGAGAGGAAUGACUAUCGGACACUGCGCCAGGCUAUCAUCGACAUGGUCUUAGCCACAGAAAUGACAAAGCACUUUGAGCAUGUCAACAAAUUUGUCAACAGCAUCAACAAGCCCAUGGCAGCACUCGAAGUAAAUGGGGAAGUGAAUAGAGAUGAAGAAGCCAUAAACACUAUGCUCAGGACUCCAGAGAACCGGACUCUGAUUAAACGAAUGCUGAUUAAAUGCGCAGAUGUGUCCAAUCCCUGCCGACCCCUGGAGCAGUGCAUUGAGUGGGCUGCACGCAUCUCAGAAGAAUAUUUUUCUCAGACUGAUGAGGAGAAGCGGAAGGACUUACCUGUGGUGAUGCCAGUUUUUGACAGAAACACCUGCAGCAUCCCCAAAUCCCAGAUCUCCUUCAUUGACUACUUCAUCACAGACAUGUUCGAUGCUUGGGAUGCCUUUGUAGACCUGCCCGAGUUAAUGCAGCAUCUUGACAACAACUUUAAAUACUGGAAAGGACUGGAUGAAAUGAAGCUGCGGAGCCUCCGACCGCCCCCGGAAUAGUGCGUCACACCGCCUGGGCCCUGAAGCUUUGUCCCUCCACUCAUUUGCAAUUCCUGAGGGCAGCCAGAGUUCCUGAGUCCUUUCAGUAUUAGGCAGAACAGUGCCCACGUCUGCAGAGCCUGUGAAAGCACAUGGGGCCAUCGCUGACCUUCUGCAGCCACCAUCCGAUGCCAUUGCCGCAAAGUGCGACCUAGUCCACCAUAUUGGGCCUGCGGCAGGGGCUCUUAGGAAAGUCACAGGAGAACCAGCACUAACUUUCCUUAUGAGCUCAGAGGGACCCUCCAAAGGACACUGAUGGAUUUCCUGCCAGUGACGGAGAAUAGUCUUGUUGCAAACAAUUUCUCUCAACUGUGUCCAGCACUUACAAACAGCUCAUGGCAAUCGGAGCUUUAGGAACUUUUUCACAUCAUAGAAGGUGCAAUCACUCACUUUGGAACACUACUGAAAGUGACUUCUCUUUUGAAACUGAGUAGCAAAUGAAAAAUAUGAAAAUUUUGAAGUUGAUUAUUAAAUACAAAGAAAUUUUGAAGUUGAUUAAUAUCAAUUAUUAAAAUGUUUUAUUUAUUUUAUUAGAAGUUCAAUAUUUUCUAUGAAUUUUGAAAUACUUCAAAGCCAAAGCCAACUUUAAAUGCCAUGACCAAAUUUACAUGAUUCAUAUUCAUUAAAUAUGUAUUACUCGGUGUACAGACUUAUUUUCAUAAUGCAAAUUAAAACUAUAAAAUGACACAUUUUUACUGCACUACAGAAAUAUUUGUGUAUGUUAGACUCUUUUCUGAUUGAUGCUAGUUGGGAAAAGCGGUCUUGUGGGAGGCUCUGAGUCUAAAGCCCUCAAGGAGAGCAACUCCUCCGUACAGGAAGCAGAGUUCUGAAACUCUGGUCAUCUGAUGGGCUUUGCCAGUGACUCCCCAAAGUCAACGAAACUCAGACCUAACACCUUUUUCCUAAAAUAAUUGAAUUCCCAAAAAUCUGCCUUAUUUUAUAGUGUUUCUACAAGAUACUCCCUAUGAAAGAACAAAAAUGGACUGUUUAGUGAGCUGACAUUUUAUAACCAAUUUGUUUUCAUCUGAGGUGGGAAUCUUUGAUUCCAGAAAUUUAUAAGGUUCUGUAUCUUCACAUUUUGAAUAAGUGUAGUACCGUAAAAAAUGACACAUGAUGACAUGUCAAAGUGCUUGUCAUUUCAUUUUAAAGUUGUAUUUUUUCCCCAGAUAAAAAUGAAAUUAAACUAUGUUUUUAAGAAA